UUGUAGCCAUCUAAUGUCCUUGAAAUUCAUGUACUUUUUCUUGAAGCUUUGGCUAUACCUGUAGGCUUUAAAUGCAGUGAGAUUCUUUAUGAAGUUAUGAGCAUGUACAGCCGAGCCAAUGAAGACAAAGCAACAGUCCUCUGCCUUGCCUUGCUUGUGUCUGUAUGCAAGUUGCAAGCUAGUGCGCAAAGAAGAAAGAAACUAUUGUCCAUCAAAGAUUUGCUUGUUGCACCCAAUCAAGACAAAAAAAAAAAAAAAGGAUUGCUUCUUGCAAGGCCAGCCCCAGGAGCAGCAUAUUUUCAUUUGAGACCACCGGGACAGAGCAGUAGCAGUACAAUAGAUGUUUGUCCCUAUUAGCUUUGUGCAUAAUAUAAACCUAGGAACCUGCGCCUUUUAAACCUCUUUUCUGCACCUUUGCUGUGUUCUCAAACCCCAAGAUUCACAUCUCUCUGACAGGUGAGUUUUCUUGUCAAGCAAAACUGAAAAAGUAAAGAAAACGCAGCUUCCCCAAUGUCUCUUUGAGAUUCUGAUAGCGACACAUCUUUUUCCCCUAUUCAAUCGCUUCACUACAAUCAUGGUGGUGAUUGUGCAUUGCCGCGAAGGAGGGACCCUUGCUCAAGGAAAAACAGAGAAAGAAACUCCCUUUUCCUUUUCCAUUUCCAUUCCAUGGCGUCCCUCACGCCUGGGCUGCUAUCGAAGCUUCUCGAAAAUGCAGGCAACAAGGACUUGAGGGUGACUGGAGAACACCGCUCUGCUCUCCUCCAGGUGCUUGAGAUCUUGCCUUUUCUCGCUGGACCCGACGAUCCUUGGCAGAGCAGAGGUUUCUUCUUGAAGGUUUCUGACUCUCUGCAUUCCGCUUAUGUCUCCGUACAAGAUGAGGACGUGGAUUUGAUAUACAGCGACAAGAUUCAAUUGGGUCAGUUUGUCUACGUUUCUAGACUGGAUUCGGCUUCGCCUGUUCCAGUGCUUCGUGGGUUGAAGCCCGUGCCCAAGAGGCGACCUUGUGUUGGAAAUCCCAAGGAUUUGGUGUCCAGUGAUAUGUUGCCUAUCAGACCAAGUAUGAAUUUUAGCAAACAGAAGAAAGGAUCCAAGACUGAUGGGUUGCCGAAGAAGAUAGCAGUGGAUUGUAAGGCCAGGAGAAGGGAUUCACUCGGGAAUGGGACCAAGGCAGAAGGGUUGGAGCUGAGGAGAUUGAGUUUAGACUCGUCCAGGAGGAUCUGGAAUCAAACUCCAACGCCCAAAUCUUCUUCUACACCUAGUAUGACUUUGAAAUCGUCCAAGAAUUUUAAAUUUGAUAAGAAAACUUCUUCCAAGAACGAUUUAUCAUUUAAGCGCCCAACUUUAAGUAUUUCACCGUUGAAAAGCAAAAAUGAAGUCUCUUCACCUAAAGCCACUACAAGACCUUUGAAGAAAGAAUUAAAGUCUACAACUGACCACGCCAUUCCCAGCUGUCUCGUGAAGUUGCCUCUUAGUUCCACAACCUGCUCUGCGCAAAGGAUUUCAUGGGAUGCGGUACCUUCCGCCAUUCAAAAUCUUGGAAAGGAAACCGUGCAUCACAGAAACGUUGCGUUUGUGGCCGCUGUAAGUGCACUGGAAGAGGCGUCAGCUGCUGAAAAUGUCAUUCUUUGUGUUCGAGAAUUUGCAGAACUGUGCAAGUCUUCUCAGAAUAUGUCUUCAGUAUCACUAGUGGAAAAGUAUCUGGACCUCCAUCAGAAUAUGCAGAAAGCAGCGAAGGUGAUUAAUUCAUUAAUCAGUGAUAGCCUUUUAGAAGCAAAGUCAAGCUUUUAUGAUAGCCUACAAUGUUUAUUGCCUAAUGCAAGGAAAACUAAAAUGAAUAAGAAUGCUGCAUUGUGGGUUCAUGCUGCCAUAGAGACCAACUUUUCGAAAUUCAUUUUGCUCAAGGAGCCAGAGAAGAGUGAAAUGGUGGAUAGUGAUAAAUGUCAUUAUGUCAUCCUAGGAAGCAUCCCAGAGGAAUUGCAUUCUGAGAAUCAAUCACCUCAAAUCAAAGGAAGACCUAGAAACCAUGGCAACUUGUCAGAUGCAAGCCCUGAGCAAGAGCCAUCUUCAUGGAAGAAAAUGGACCCAAAAAAGAAUGAUUGUCCUAAAGGAAGUGGGUUAAAGGAAACAGCAAGUUUAGCAGAAAAGCUGCUGUUGCAUUCUCAUGAAUGGUUCUUGAAUUAUAUGGAGAAUUCAUUGAACAAUGGAUUUCAGUUUUGUAUGGGGGGAGAUUCUGAAAUUGCCUAUCUUCUAAGGCAGCUUAAAAGGGUGAAUCAGUGGCUAGAUGACUGGGGUGGUUUGGGAGUUAAGGUUGAUGGGAGGAUAGAAGACUUGAGGAAGAAAUUAUAUGGGUUUCUACUGGAGCAUGUUGAUACAGCUGUUGCUGCGGUUAAGUAGUCAUAUAAAAUGAGAACUAACUGAAAUCAUACUUUGGAGCUGAUUGGUUUCGAAUUCACAUAGACAUUGGGUAUAUGGUUAACUGGUUAAAACACACACUGCAAGUGCCUUCGGAUUGCUAGAAGUUAUUCAAAUGAAUCUUAUCUAACAUCUCCAACUUUUUAACUAUUUUUGAACUAGGAAAAGCCUACUACCAGAAGGGUGGCAUUGACUUAAACUUUAUAAUCUCGUUGCUCUAAUGGUGUAUAUUUAAAUGUAUUUGGUUUGCUAAUGAAAUCAGGAUGGUGGCGGUUCCCUUUUAGGAAAGCAUAUUCAACUUUUACCCGUUCAUGAUAUGUAGUUAUGGAAUGUAACCGAUGGAUGGGCUGAACUACAUUAGGCACAUGGUGUCACUGGAGGUCCUAAAGCUGUGGACAUUUGGAUGCUUCAGGUUCACUUUCUAUUUGAGCACAAGCGCAGGCGUUGUUGUUUCCAGGUGAAGUGAAUUCUAUACAUCCUUGAAAAAGAGAGAUUCUCUGUAAAAGUUCUUGCACUCAAUUUGUGCUUGGUGCUGUUUCUUGGGGACGUUUAAAUCUCCUAGAAGGUAUUACUUUAGAAAUCAAAUAUAAGAGUAUGCUCCACAUCUCCUAAAAUGUAAGAGUAUGCAAUCAAAUAUUGAUAUUUGUAACCGUUGCAAAUGUAGUUAGGAAACAGCCAUUAGUUGAUUCAUGGAAUUCAUUGAUGGUGAUGGAGUCUUGCUGACGGAAGCUGCUGCAUUUUUUGCAGAAGAUUUCAUUCCUUUGCAGGACUUCAUGUGUAUGUGCAAUUUCUCUGGCUUGAAAGAUUUCCCACAUUGCCUGCAUUUCGAGGGUGGAAAUUUGUCAUUAUCUGGCAAUCACAAACUUUUAGUCGAGCAGGAAAUUUCAUUAAUGAAUUUUCAACUUGGUGGUAUUUGGUGAAUUCUUAAGUUACUGCGCUAAUUAGUUAUUAUAGUUUGAGGUUUAAUAAUUGACACGAUUUCCGUCUGUUUCAAUUGGAGCUACUUUCUUGUUAAGAUUGACAAUUGUCAAGCCUGCAGGGGCUCUACUUUAGCUAUGACUUUAACCCCUCUUGUGAUCUCAACUCAAUUCAAUAUAUGUCAUCUUUUUUUUUU